AUGCGCACAUCCCGCGCCCAUGACCAUCGAAAAAGUCCUUCGAACGUGCGCUCCUCGAGCGCUUACAGUAUGGAAGAGCUCGAGCCUUGGCCCGAAGACGACCACCGCCACGUGUUUAUUGAUCGCCCAAAUUCCCAUCAGUCAUCGACAUCUGACGCAUGGCGCGACGAAGGGCAGUAUUUCGGGUCGCCGCCGGAAGGAAAGCGCAAGACUCUCUUCUCGGGACCUCCACCACCAAUCACAUCUACAAUACUGCCGCCAAAGACGCAAUCUAGAAGCCUCGAUCCAAGCGAGCGCCCUCGCAACACGGGCCUUGGGAGCUUGAUCUGGGACUAUAAUCAACCGCAGGGUGAGGCACCCUCAUACAAGACCGAUUCGACUUGGCGCACAAUCCGGAGACACGAGAGGGGUUUACAAAGAGAGAUUCAGGAUCUCCUUGAUGCGCAGGGGAAUGGUCUCGUGGCCAGUGGUGAAGACGAGUACAGUGAUGCUGGAGAUAGUACGCCCACUGGCACAUUCUACUCUUCAAACUCUCGACUGGCCAAUACACUCUACAUUCCCCCUCAAUCCACGGCAGAGGGAGACGUGAUCCCCGUUCGCCAGCCGAAGCCAAGCACACCACGCGGACUACGGGCAGCAAGGACGGGACUAAGAAGGUCUAUCUCGGUAUUUGCUAAGCUCAAAGCGGAAGAGAAUCAGCACGUCGAAGAUGCUCUUGCGGAGCGCAGGAAGGCUCUGAGUCAACUACACAGACUGAGCCUCCGCAAGGAUAGUGUUGAGACCGAAUUGAAGACACUGGAGGAUGAUGAGCAGGAACCCUUGGGAAAAGAGCUAAGGGAGCUUGGUGAACGCUACGAGUCUAUCACAAGCGAUAUCCGAGAGCUCGAGGAAAAGCUCAUCGGCAUGCGAAACCAAAGGCGCUGGCUCAGAGAGAAAAUGGAAGAUGUUAGAAACCGGAGAGAUGCUGGCCUGAGUGGGUAUCGCGGGGCGUUGAAAGACGUCGACUCGGAGGUCGCUCGCAUCAUGCGUCAUCCCCCUUUCCAACCGCUGGAUAGCGAUGCACUUGGCAAAGCGCCCUCGACGGGAGGGCAAGAGUUCAUCCGCAUGAUUCCAGAGAGGCGCACGGUUGAUAUGGCUAAGGGCUGGUGGGAGCAAGAAAUCGCUGCCCUCGAUAAACGGAAAACACUCGUGGAAAAUGAGCAACGAGCGCUUCAAGAAGGUGGCAUCGUAUGGAACGAUGUCAUGCGUCUGGUGGCCGACUACGAAGCUCGCUUUCGAGCUGUUGUCAAGGGUGAGCAGUCAGUCUCGACCAAAGGAAAAGAAAAGCAGGUCUCCCAGGAGGAGAUGUUGCGCGCACAACUCCCAGAGAUGGACAAGGUGAUGAAAGAGUUGAAGAGACACCAUGAGCUUGCUGAAGACAAGAGCUGGACAUUGCUAAUCUGCGCUAUUGGCGCUGAGCUGGAAGCCUUGCAGCAGGGCCAGGAGAUGCUCAGAGAACUGCUGGACGUGUCACUGGUAGACCGCACAUCCUCCCACGACUCAGAUCACGAUGACCAAAAGGCACACGCAGACCAGCAGGACAGUGACAAUGAGGUACCGGCUGAUCUCAUGCUUUCCAAGGUUGAUAGUCGGCCAAGCCAGGCAUCAGCAGGCAGCAUCGACAACGAUGUUCCGCCGGAUUUAAUGGCGGAGCAUCAGCAAGAGCCGAGGGAGAAGUUGGACUAG